AUGGCGGGCAGCACCGCUCGAGAGAGCUUCUUUGAUGAUUUGAGCAGUGAUCUAGAUAGUUAUUUCACUGGUCCUAUCGAUGCCACCAAAUCUUCCAAGCUUCCAUACUUUAUGCGUGUUCGCGGUUCGGUUCUUCCGGGACUGAUUCUACCUAUGCUCUUCGUGGCAGCAUGGUGUGUUUGGAUUACAUGCGUUCACAAGCUCGUCCGUCCGUUGGCUAUCGACUCCCUCCUGCUUACGGUUUUGGGUUUCCUGGUCGGUUUGGCACUGUCUUUCAGAUCAUCGACAGCAUAUGAGCGAUACAACGACGGUAGAAAAUGCUGGGCCAAUCUUACAUUGAACGUUCGAAACAUCGCUCGUCUUAUCUGGAUUCAUGUCCGCGAACGUGACGACUCUAAAGAAGAUGACGUUCUCGCCAAAUUGACCGCUAUGAACUUGCUAUUGGCCUUCUGCGUCGCCCUCAAGCAUAAGCUCCGCCACCAGCCUGAGUACGACUACAAGGAUCUCCAAGGUCUCAUUGUCAACAUUCAAAGUUUCGCCAAGCAAGCUCAUCGGGACGGUGAUAUCCCACCACGCAAGGCUCUUACCACCCCACAGAGAAUCUCAGCCUACCUCGGAAUCACCUUUUUCGAGAAGAACCCCAUCAGACGUUACAAGGCCUAUAAGAAGGCUGGAAAGAACCAUGGAAAUUUGCCACUUGAGAUUAUGACUUAUUUGAGCUCUUACCUUGAUUCAGCUGUCCAGGGCGAGCAGCUUAAGGUUCCCGCUUACCAGAGCAUGGCUAUGACUUAUCUCGGUGGAAUGAUGGACUCCCUCACCAACUGCGAACGUAUCUCUCAGACUCCUCUCCCACUUGCUUACAACAUUGUGAUCAGUCAAAUCACUUGGCUCUACGUUCUCUUCUUGCCAUUCCAGCUCGUUUCCAAGUUGGGCUGGGUUUCCAUCCCUGGUACCUUGAUCGGUGCUUACAUCAUUCUCGGAUUCGCUGCCAUCGGUCGUGAAAUCGAAGACCCCUUCGGUGAUGAUGUUAACGAUUUGAACCUUGACCGUUAUUGCGACUCUAUCGCCCUCGAACUCGAUAUGAUCCUCUCUGUUGCUCCACCAAAGCCUUCGGACUUCAUUCAGCGUGAUGACAACUACGUCAUGUUCCCCAACAUGAACGAGGGUUACAAGGCAUGGAAGGCCAAGGGUAUCGAGAAGAUUCGCUCAGAACUUAAGCAGAAGCCACUUCGUCAUGCCAACCCAGCUUUGGCACGUGAGAUCCGUCAAUCGGAGCUGAGAGAUCGAGACCAUGACCUCGAUAAGAGGCAGAGAGAAGAAGAUGAACGUGAGGAAGCAGCAGCAAAGGGAGAGCAGCAGAAGAAGAAGAAUGAGCAAGCACAAGUACCCGCUGACGACGCUGUGUGA